GUAAAAACCUAUGUCAAAGAAACGACAACAAAAAAUGAAAAAUUAAACACACGCGAAAAGAUUCACUUUACAGUAUUUAUAUGGUCAUUAUAUGCCUAUUGUAAAUAAAAAAGGGAGUACUGACAACGGAUAAAAUAUGUCCAGGCUUUGUAAGUUUCACAUACCUGUAUCUGUUGUCAUUUCUGUGAAGCGUUACUGGACUAACACGUGCUUUUAUAAACAUGUCUUCCAUGCGCAGACGCGUGUUUGAAACCUCUCACAGACCGUCAUCAAGAAUGUCAAGGACAAAUUUCAGCUCACCAAAUAGCAGACGAUCAUAUUAUAGUUCUAAUACGCCGAUAAUUCGAUCAAGCCAUUUCGAAAUUCCUACGUUUGUCGGAAGGAAUAUUGGUAAUUCUUCUUCACACAGAUUCCGUUCCGUGACCCCACCGCCACAUUUUGGGAGUUUAAGCCAACCGACAUUUUAUUACGAGACGCAUCAUUCAGUGCCAAGCACAUAUCGCGAUAUAUCGCCAAGAGUUACGAGCGAAAUCAACCGGGAUUAUAACGAUUAUAGUACAUCGAUACAUUCUUCAUUAAAUCCCAACGGAAGAGGAAAUCGCGAUAUUUCGCCUCGGAUGACAAACGGUAACCGAAGCAACUACGAAGUCAUAAGCACAUCCUCACAUUCCUCUAGACCGGCUGAUACUCGGUUUAGAAGUAACAGUUUACCGAGGAACCGGGCUUAUGGGAAUGUAACAGGUUCCCGUUUCAUUGAUGACGCCGAUAUAUCAGACAUUGGUCACAGCUCUUCGCUACGAAAUCGUGACUUUUCACCGUCCCGUAAUGACAACUGGACUCGAUUACCGAUCCACUACGAUAAUCGCGAUGCAUCAGAUUAUCGGGAUUCCAGGAAUGCUGGAAACGUAAUACCAAUCAUCUCAGGUUCAAAUGUUGGACAUGCAGAUGGCAUAUAUAAUGGGACAUUUCCAAGGACAAGUUCUUCGGGCAACAGAGUAUCUUUGCCAGAUGGGAGCAUGGGUAUUGGUGUACCGAAGCCUGUGACCUACUUUACGUACAGCGAUGACGAUGAGGAUAAGAGGGCCUACAACUGGGAUAGAAAUUCUUCUUCCACAAACAACACGGUUCAGUCUGAUAUUAACGUCACAGAAAUUGAUUGUCAUGUUACUGAAAAUGCGCGGGAACACCAUACAGAUCGGUUUGCAAAGUCACGUGACCAGUUUCUCGUGGUGAGAAGAGCUCAGCCUUUCCGAGUCAGUGUUACUCUUAACGUAAGAUUUUCUGAAUCCGAGCACGAUGUCAGUAUGGAAUUUACAGCAGGACCUUCACCUCAGCCUGGGAAAGCCACCUAUAUAAAGCUAUCGGCUGCAUCACCACUGCGAGAUUCUGACACAUGGAGUCUAAAAAUAGAACGUGUCAUGGGUAACAGAGUGACGCUUAGCGUUCAAACAUCACCGGAAACUAUUGUUGGCCAAUGGAAAAUGGCAGCCUCUAUUGGGUACCGGAAGGAAGAAGCAAAUAGGUCUCGCACUUGGAAAGAAGCAAACUUUUACAUUCUUUUCAACCCAUGGGACAGAGAUGACGCCGUUUAUUUCCCAAACAGGGACUUACUCGCAGAGUACGUUCUAAACGAUAGUGGAUGUAUUUUUACUGGUGGAUACGACCAGAUUGCCGCUAAACCUUGGUUUUACGGCCAGUUUGAAUCUGGUAUACUUGAAGCCGCCCUUUAUUGCAUAAAGAAGGCGUUUAAAUCCCAGCCAAAGAGAGCCAUGGGGGAUCCGGUUCGGAUGUCGAGGGCAAUCUCCAAAAUAGCACGUGAUUUUCAUACAAUACAGCUUUAGA